CGCUUGGUGAAUGUGUACAUAUUUCGCGCUGAUUCGAAAUCGUUGUUGUUUGUAAACGAAGUAAACGGCGGUACGUUGCGCGUAGUGCAAUUGAUGGUGGCCAUGCCGACAUUGAUGGAUUUUAUGCUGUUGAUAACCAUGAUGAUGAUGAUGAGCGGCAUCGUAAUGACGAGACUAUCACAACGGUUAAGCAUGUGCUGCUGAGGUGCAUCAUAGAUACAUACAUACAUACAUACAUACAUAGAUACUCAUAGCGCUACAGCCAGUGCAGUGCGGUCGAUGAGUUAAUGAGUGGACGGAAAAGGUGAAUCGCAACUAUUCUUAGCAGAAUGCUAUACAGGCAGCUGGUGUUGUUGGGUCUGUGGUGUGAGCAGCAGCAGCAGCAGCAGCAGCAGCGCGCUGCGCGAUGAGAAAGAAAUACCAGCGAGUGAAACGUGCAUGAGGUGUGCAAUUAAAACAUUGCUCGUCAUUCGCCUCCUUCCCAUUCGACCAUCCGACACAGUGCCAUGCGAUGCGAAUAAGUGCAAUAACUAAAUUGUUGUUACCAAUACAAUAUCUAUGUAUGUAGAUACUUAAAAGAGUAAACAAAAAAGUGCAUAUACGAGUAGAUGUGUAAUAAAAAAGCAGAAAGGAAUAAUUAAUAGAAACUCGCGUAGACGGUCGCUCAGUGCUAGUCGGGUCGGGUGUGCGUGCAACAUUGCAUACAAAAUACAAAUACAACACCUGUGCUUUAGGAAUUGUAUGCGCAUAGUGUGAACGUGUUGUUGUUUUUCUUUUUUUUUCAUUGUUUAACUUCGAUAUGUAAAAUGCAAUAAAACUAUUGGCACGAAGAUUUCAUUCCUGGAAUUCGCCAUUGCAGCGGAACCAAACAAGUGAAUAGAUGCACAACAACGGUGGUAAAACAACAACAACAACACCAAAAAAAGUGAGACAAUAUAAAAAUAAAUAAAAGAAACAGUGAAAAUAACAACAGCUCGUAUUAAUUACACAUACAUUAAAAGGCAAUGUUGAUGGAAUGGUAAAUAACAGCACAGCAGCCAACUUGAAAUAGCAGCGAAACAUAAAAAUUCGUGCUGCAUUUUUUUCAGUGCAUAGGUACUUAAUUGAUGUUAAAUUGACGUGCAUUCACAUUGCAGUGCGUGCGUGUGUGUGUGUGUGUAAGAGUGUGUUUUGUGGGUUUUAAGAAACAGUUAAUUAUUGCAAGCAUAAAAAAACGUACAUAAAAAAUAGUCAGUUACUUGAAAAAUUCCACAGCAAAACUAUAUGUUUGUGAAAUUAAAGAAAAUAUACCAAACGCAUGUGUAGUAAGCAAACAAAAGCGUAAUAGAAAAAAAAAAUAAAAAUAAAUAAAAAUUAAGUAAACUCGGCGAACUAAAAAACCCAUACAUAUACAACAGUAAAAACAGCACUUGGACAACUGUAAUUUUAUAAAAAAAAUUUCAGUCCUUGGAUUACUUGGACGAUGGCAGUGUCCUGCCCCGAAGUAAUGUACGGUGCUUACUAUCCAUAUUUGUAUGGCCGUGCCGGACCAAGUCGUUCAUUCUAUCAAUAUGAGAGGUUCAAUCAGGAUUUGUACUCAUCGUCGGGCGUGCAAUUGGCCUCAUCGAGCGCCUCUGGCAGCUCACAUUCGCCCUGCAGUCCUAUCCUUCCGCCGGCGGUGAGUGCUAAUGCUGCCGCUGCAGCAGUAGCGGCCGCGCACAAUACCGCCGCGGCGGUAGUCGCCGUCGCAGCACAAACGGCCAAUCACUCGGCGAGCAUAGCUGCAACGACGAGUCUGCCGUUAGGCGGCGGCGGUGGCGGUGGCGGCGCUGGUGUACCUGGUGGUGGUGGUGGUGGUGGUAGCGGCAGUAUAGGAGGUGCUGGUGGUAGUGCGGGCGUUGCGAGUUCAUUGCUUGGUGCCACAGGAGGUGGCGGCGGAGGAGUGGUCAUUGGUGGCGGCAGCGGCAGCAGCGUAGCGGUCAGCAAUGCGAUACAACACAGCAGAGCGCAUACCAAAGAAGAAGAUAUGGGAGUGCAACGAAGUGAUGCUGAAGCUCGGCUAGUGGGUUCACAUCACAACGAGUCCUCCUGCUCAUCAAGUCCUGAUUCACCUCGCCACACAUUGCACGGAGCACAAGCGAAGGAACUGCCCCUGCCGUUGGAUAGCUCGAAUGUCAACGGACAGGGUAGAGCACAAUACUUAUCAGCCACCUGCGUCGUAUUUACAAACUAUUCCGGCGACACGGCCAGCGUUGUGGAUGAACACUUUUCGCGGGCGCUCAAUUUUAGCAAUAAAGAAAGCAAAGAAACGAGUAGUCCCAUGUCGGCAAGAAAUUUCCCACCUUCGUUUUGGAACAGUAACUAUGUGCAUCCAGUGCACGCGCCGUCACAUCCGCAGGUUGGUGAUCUGUACACCUCGGACGGUGGCUACGCAACGGAUCCAUGGGUGCCACAUGCCGCCGCUGCACACUAUGGUUCUUAUGCGCACGCGGCACAUGCGCAUGCGGCACACGCACAUGCCUACCAUCACAAUAUGGCGCAAUACGGUAGCCUGUUACGGUUGCCACAGCAAUAUAGCCAUGGUACCAGACUGCAUCACGACCAACAGACCGCGCAUGCGCUCGAAAGUGCGGCAGCCUAUUCCAGUUACCCCACAAUGGCAGGACUUGAAGCGCAAGUACAAGAGUCAUCUAAGGAUCUUUACUGGUUUUAAAUUUAAGUGCAACGCAAUGUAAAAAGACACACAUACACACUCACACGCAAAUAGAUAUAAAAAAAAGCCAAGCCUAUACGGGAAUUCAAAACUCGUCAACUAUAUUGGUAAAUCGUCGUUAAUUCAAUUCUCGAAGUUUAAAUUUUAUAAGUCUAGAAAAAAAUAAAAAAUAAACUAUGUGCAAAUCUAUAUGUAAAUAAAUAUAUAUCUACAUAUUUUUAAUUGCCUGUACUUGCCCUUGUGGGAUUAUGUGUUAAUAGAAUUUUAAGAUGAGCGAAAAAAUCGAUUUCUACCGCAGCUCGGGUAUAUUUAUAUAUUUACUAAAUACUUAUGUAUGUAUUUGUAAAGAUUUUGGUGUAGCGGCAUUAAUAAAGUGAAUUGCUUUAAUUAAAAAGUAAUCUCAGCUGUGUUUUGGUAUGUUAAUGCAAUUUGUUUAUUUUUAAUGUUGCAACACCUUGUAACGACUAAAUACGGAUUUAUAUAUAAUGGGUUUAGCAUAACUACAAUGCUAGUUAUUGAAUUUGCAAAAAAGACAGUGUGCCGGUACUUACUUACUUAAAACAGGUUUAUAUUUAUAGAUAGAAACUUAUUUCAUUGUUUAUAAUUUAUAAGCUACUAUAUUUGGAAAAUUUUAAAUUUGCCAGACAAUUUUUGAAAAUAGCUUUCGUGUUGCGGAGAAAGAGUACUUAAUAACACUUGCUAUGUACAUACAUAUGUACAUAUG